CAGUUGCGCGCUGACACGCCAGAUGGAUACAGUUGGUCUAGCCGGAUAUAUCCGUACGCACUAGACCGACUCCUGAGAAAAAAAGCUAAAGGGAUAUAUAUAUUUAUACUGACAGAUUGAUAGUAACACCGCUGUGGUAGGUGGAUAUCGGUUGUUUCACCGCAGCGCAGCGUACUUCGUGCCACAACAUGAAUGCGGAUUUAUUUAAGCCUGUUCCGGAGCGUGGACCCCAACAGUCCUCAGCCCCGGCGAAAACCAACAGGAAUAAAACCGACCAAACCAAACCAGAGCUGGCCCAGGUGGUGACGGACAGCAAGACAGGGAGAUCGUACAGCAAAGGGAAGCUUCUUGGAAAGGUACAAUGACUGACUGAAAAUUUUACAUGUGCUCUGUCUGCUUUAGUGUUUUAUUCGCCACAGCUGAGGCAAGAGGUGGAUCUAGAAUAGCGAGUUUGGGCUUGAUUUAAAGCUGUCGAUGAUUACAAUUCAUCAUCAGCCAUGUUCCAGGUGUGUCACUAAUGCGGGGAUAGGGAAUGACCUCGUGGUGGAUGUGACCAAUCUCCCCCUGCUGUGCGCGUCAAUGCUGAAUGAACCAGGCGCAAGGUGUGCCCAGCCAGUGUGCGCACACAUGACUGUCUAACACCCCUUAGAAGCCAAAAAAUGAUAGUUUACAAGAAUCCCAUUUUUUCAAAGGCAUCUCAGGCGACUACUCGAUCCAAAAUCAUCCACCCCUCUUCUCUCUCCCCUACCGUUUGCCUGCCGCACUGGUUUUUGACACGGUAUGUGCCAUGUAUGAAUGGAGCGGCUGUAUCAACAUGUUGCUCGUCAUCGAUACGCUGCGUCGGGCAGCCAGCCAAGUCUCUCUUUUUUUCCUCUUUUCUUGCUGCCUGCCGCAGAGCUGGAAACGUCUCCGUCAAUUUCACGGUUAAUGAAUGCAGCAGCUCGGUCUGCCCCAUCCCUCACGUCCUCAAGCCUCCAUAAUCCUGAGAUAUGCAGGAAAAAACAGCUGCAAUCGUCAUACAAGGAGGUUUUCACUGGUUUAAGAAGCACAUAUGAGCAUCCAAGGCUGAAAGAUACUAUGCAACCGGUUAUAAAAUAAUGCAGUUAGUUAACCCUUGAGUGUAUCCUCAGAAUCGAUUAUUUUCCCUCUAAUGAAUAUGCCCUCCAAAGCAGUCUAACAGAAUUGGCUAAAUAACUGUCCAAACAGUUUGAUUGCUGCACACUCAUUGAUCGUGGGUCAAAGACAUGCCAUUGAGGCAGAUAAUUUAUGGCCAUUGCAGGUUUUCAACCUGCUGCUUUUGUUAACUGAUCAUCCUGUUUGUUUUCCCCCAAGGGCGGCUUUGCUCGAUGCUACGAGAUGACAGACCUCUCUAACAACAAAAUGUAUGCUGUGAAGGUGAUUCCACAGAGCAGGGUGUCCAAACCGCACCAGAGAGAUAAGGUACAUGAUUCUGCUUGUUUACAUUCUGCAGAGGGAACCAUGCAGUAGGCUGAAUUCAAUGUCUGGAUUGUCAUUUGGUCUUACUCAAACGAAGGAAACUGAUGGAUUAUCAUAUUUUAACAGAUUACAAAUGAGAUUGAGCUGCACAAAACCUUGUCACACAAGCAUGUGGUGAAAUUCUCCCAUCACUUCGAAGAUCAAGAAAACAUCUACAUAUUCCUCGAGCUCUGCAGUCGGAAGGUGAGACAUGAGAAUUUUCUAGAACAGGCUUCACAGCUUGUUUGUGCUCCGCUUGCCUGCUCACAGCUUUGUCUCUUUAGUGUUGCAACAGAGAAGGUGCACACAACAUACAAACCAAACAACUUACCCAUUACUUAAUACUCCCACAGCAGCAUCUCAUUUCUCUGCUACUGCGGCUGUGUGUGUGGUAUGGUGUGUGUGUGUGUGUGUGUGCGCAGCAGUGUUGUGCAGUCAAACUGAUGGAUGCAGGGUUGACACUUCGUUCAUUGCUUUGUCUCUGCAGUCCUUGGCACACAUUUGGAAGGCAAGACACACGCUCACAGAGCCAGAAGUGCGUUAUUACCUCCGACAGAUUAUAUCCGGCCUCAAGUAUCUCCACAGCAGGGGAAUCUUGCACAGAGACCUCAAACUAGGUAUGUGAGCCGAAAUCUGGCACACGGGGGAACACGCAGAGGCAUCCCAGGAAUCUGCUUUGACUUUGGGUGCAUGUCAUGUGUGGAAUGCUGACUGGACGAAUGUUUUUGUCUCUUUCAGGCAACUUCUUUGUUAACGAGAACAUGGAGCUGCGGCUGGGAGACUUCGGCCUCGCUGCCAAACUGGAGACAGUUGAAAAGAGAAAAAAGUGAGUUCUUCACGCCAUUCCCUUCACAUAUAGAGUAUAUCUUUAUAAUGCAGGCAGACACAAGCCUAAAGACUGACAACUGAGCAUUUAAUUCAGGGAACAUUUUUUCAUUUAUUUCCCUCCCUGUUAAUUUAAAGUUAAACAACCUUUACUCUACCUAUUACGGACUAAAUACUAAACCUAGACAAGACCUCAAAAUUAACCCAUAGUUGUGCGUGAGGUUUUUGAAACACACAUGAGCCCCAAACCAUUACAUCAGUUACCAAGCACACACUUCCUCCCACUACUUUCCCUUAGUAAGUCCCUAACUAAACCGGUUUCCAAGUGACGGUUGAAUGUCGCGCUUAGAGCAUAGUUUCGCUACCUGUUUGACACUUUCCUGGCAAAUACCAGAAGCAUGAGUGUGGUAGGAAAAAUAGUGCUUCGAUAACUGCUUCUUUGUUGGUAUGAUGCAACAACAGGACUGGAAAACGAUUAGAGCAGUUGAAGGAAAUGCAUUAAUCCUGCUCUUUUUUUCUUUUUCUUAGAACAAUCUGUGGCACUCCCAACUAUCUGGCUCCUGAGGUGCUCAACAGGCAGGGCCACGGCACUGAGUCUGAUGUUUGGUCACUCGGAUGUGUAAUGUGAGUCCUUUUGUUCUGCGGUCAAGUAUGAAAUAUGUUGUAGAAUGUAGAGGAGCAGGUUUUGGUUUUCUUUGCAGCUUAUCUUUGUGGAAAAAUGAGAAUAUUUAACAGAUUUUUAUGACUUCAGAUCAGGAUUUUAAUCAGUAGUUGCUUUGAUUUCUCCUGUUUAGGUACACCCUCAUGUGCGGAAACCCUCCUUUUGAGACUCUUGAUCUAAAGGAAACCUACAAGUGUAUAAAGGAAGUUCGGUACAAUCUGCCAUCCUCGCUUUCCCCCGCUGCACAGAAACUCAUCUCAGGCAUCCUGCAGAAAAACCCCAGCGACAGACUCUCCCUGGAUCAAAUCCUCAACCACGAAUUCUUCACCAAAGUACGCACAAAUCAUUCUAAUUGUGUUACUUUAAAAGCUACAUGCCUUUUAGUCAUCAGUUUUGAAAGAUUAUACACUUUUUGGGGAUACGGUGCUUGAAACUGGAGCAGUACACAACAUGCCAGCACUUGAUGUUUGGUCCUUUUUUUCACUCAAAAUGAGCCGUGUGCCUUCUUCAUCCCUCAUGCAUCUUCCUCACCCUCUUGUGUGCUUGCUCUCUGCCUUUUUUUUCCCCCUUCCUCUCUAGGGUUUCACUCCUGAUAAGCUUCCUCCCAGCAGCUGUGUGAUGGUGCCAGAGCUCCAUCCCCCCAGCCCUGCCAAGAAAUUCUUCACUAAAAUGGCCAAGAGCCUCUUUGGGAAGAAGAAAGCGAAAGGUAAGCAGCAGCAGUUCAGCUGUCAGCCGACUGGCACAGAAGAAGACUAGGUCAUCCGUUACACAAGGCGACUGUUAGCUCCAUAUUUGUCCUUCUCUGAAUGUAAUUAUGUAGCACCCCUUAUCCUGUUAAUCCAGUUCUGUCUCAUGAGGAGUGAUAUUUAAUUAUGGAGUAGUAGUAGCUUAUAGUGUGAUUGUAUUUAGCUUAAGUUCUCCUAUUUGCAUUUUAAAGUGCUUUUAGAAUAAUAAUGUUUCUAACAGUGGUGCAUCAAUCUUGUUUUAGCGGUGGAGAAAAUUCCAUGCGAGGAAAAAGACGACAAAGACAUUUCCAAACUGGUGACAGGCAUCGUUAAAUGUUCCAUCAACCGGCAAAUCAUCCACAAGGCAGUGGGACAGUGGGACAACGAGGUACGUUUAUCAUCUCUUUUGCAUCCUACUUCUGCAAGAAAAAAACAAAAUGGCGCCUUAUUUGCUCAGACAAAAAAACAAGUACUCCCAGCUACUAAUAAGUAGUGUGAAAAUUGGUGCUUGUGUGAUACUUGCGGGACAUUACACAGACGACAUCCUCUGCGACUGAUAAUUGCUUAUGUAAGCCACUCUUUGAAUAAUGCAGUAUGCUUUUUAAUUAUACAAAGGAAUCAUCCUUCCUAAAUAGGAAAGUGUUUUUGAAGCGCUUUAGCUUUGUUUCACUGAGACUGCAGGCGAAGAGUCUGUCGUCCCAGACGUCCUUCAGCUUGUCAGCAAAGGGGAAAGAAUUUUUGUUGUUUGUGGCGACUUUUCUCCUGGUGUUUUGAGGAAACUUUAAAUAGGAACUUGGCUAAAUCAAACCACUCAUCCUUCCUCUACACAAACUACAUAUUUUGCAUCCUCGGAAGCAUCUAUUUCGAGGUGGAUUCAUUUUUAAAAAGACUCCAAAUGGGGUCUAAGACUGUCACGACAGCAAGGAGCUCAGUUGGCCAAUCCCUGAUCAGCAUGGUCUUGCUGCUAUUUUUAGAGCCCAAAAGGAGCUACAUUGUUUGCUCUUCAGAGUGAAUAUUUCUCUGUCAGCCUCAUAAUGAGUCUUUUGCUGAGAAACCAGGCUGUUGUCAAGAAGUAUAAACCAGUUUUUAGGCCUUUUUAGUUAACUUUGACAUCUACUUUGUUUCGACAGUUUCCUUGUUGUCGCUUUGUUAGCAGGAAAACAAAAGGGGUCAACAAAAAGAUCACUAUCAGGUUACGUGAAAAGCAUCACGGCGGAAACUCGCAUGCUGUGAGCUGAAACAGAAUAUAAAAGGAAACCAGGGUUGCUAAAAGUGGUUGUGGCCGAGUGCAGGCGCAGAAAGAUUCACACAAUUAACAGCGGUCUGAGCUGUUACCAAAUAUAGAAAUGAAAACAUGCAGGUGAGGUCUUAUUUUUAGAUCCGCGACGGUGAAGCAGCUGUGCAAACAUUUAUAGAUCUCAAAGUGUCAACACAGACCUCCUUAAAUCUACGGUUACUUUUUUGUGGUUAGCCUUUAAUGUCACUUUGCUCGACUUUCUUGUCCUGAAAGUGUGUUUUGUUGCUGCUCAGGUUCCCUCUCCUCCUGCUCAGCUGGUCAGCUCUGUGCCUCUAGAACAGACCCCCGCUGAGGAGGAAUCCAGGAAGUCCAUCUCCCGAUCUUUUAAGGGCACCAUGGCCAGCAGCACUGAACGUAAGGCACAUUUCAUUUUCCUUCUGUAGACGUAUUUCAUUACAUUUUUAAAAUUCUUUGACCCUGGCAUUCCUGACUCAUUUCUUGUUUUGUCUCCAGCGUGUGAGGACGCCCUUAACCCCGCAGCUGUUGCUGAAUCAGCCAUGAAACUUCUCAACAGCUGCCUGGCCUCCAUGCCUGCAGGUAGGACGGCACAAAUAACGCUGAGUUAUAAAGACAGCAGGAGCCUUUAUGAGCCACUAUUGUGAAGAAACAAUUCUGUAGCAAGUCUGCUUGUUUAUUCUCAAGAUGGUAAAGAUGAAUGCUGGGUAGCAUCUGUUUCUUUCUUCUUCUUUUCAUCUGGCAUCAGGCACAAAAAAAAGCAGCUCAAAAGUGACGCUUUUCUUUUUAACAUGAGCAAGCCCUUGUUUUGGAGUUACAUAACUGAUUAUGCAGAAUCAUUCAAUUUUAAUCAACCCAAGUUCCCUCGGCCCAGUCAUGUCUUUAGAUUCUCUGAAAUCUGCUGACUCAUGUUACCCAGGGCUCAUUUACAAACUAAGUUUUCUUCACAUUAGCGGCAUCUAUUCUUUUGUGAAAUGCUGACUUUGGAAAGGAAUAUGCAUCAAAUAGGUUCUCUUAUACUCUUAUCUCGUUCUCCUCAGCCACCAGAAACCCACCCUGUCUGUCGAGGCCUCAGUCUUUCCUGUGGGUCACUAAAUGGGUGGACUACUCAAACAAAUACGGUUUUGGCUAUCAGCUCUCAAACCAAAGCAUCGGCGUGCUCUUCAACGAGGGUACACAUCUCAGCCUUUGUAACCAACGCAAGUAAGUACUCCUAGUGCUACGGUAUUUACUGAAGGUGUCAUGUAAACAUUAACGUGUGCUUAAGACUCAGCCUAGUGGGUCACCUAAGUUCAGAAUGUGUUUUUAAACCUACCAGUAUCCAUACAAUCCAGCAGCCAUCACUAUUAAUUUGUUGUCAUAAUGAACUAAAAUUGUAAUUAUUCUUUUUUUUUUCCCUCCCAAACAGAACAGUCCACUACUACAUGACCAACAACAAACACUUCACCUUCUCUGCCAACUCUCUGCCUGAGCAGCUUCGCAGCCAGAAACACAUAGUUGAGCUCAUGGCGAACUACAUGGAGCAAAACCUUAUGGAGGUAUAAACACAGCAGUUAAUCUUCAACCAUAUGCAUUGGAUUUCAGAAUUAAGAAUUCUAAAAUUAAGACUUUGUUCUUGAAUACAUAACUUUAAAAAAAUUUCAUGUCUUUUAUCAGGGUGGUGACCUGCAGUGUGAGGAGCAAGUUUCAGGUCCUCCUCCUCUCUUGCUCCAGUGGGUGAAGACAGACCACGCCCUCGUCAUGCUCUUCAACAAUGGCACCCUACAGGUUCGAAAACUACCUUCUAUUUUUACAGUGAGGGACAAAGUUCAGUGGGAUAAAACCGAAGCUUUACUUAACAUCUAUUCUGUUUUCAUUCCCUCCAGGUGAACUUUUACACAGACCACACCAAGAUCAUCCUGUGCAAAUCGUCCGACGACUCCUACCUGCUCACCUACAUCAGCCGGGAGCGUGUCUCGUGCACUUACCUCCUCAGCAUGCUGUCUGAGAUGGGCUGCACCCCGGAGCUCAGACAUCGACUGCGCUAUGUGGUUCAGCUGCUCCAACACCAUGCUGAUGCCUGAGAGCACCGCUCAGUGCCUCCCAGGCUGCUUGAGUGGCAGAUGCCUUAGAGGCAACCUGACUGGUUUACACCUCUUCUUAGGCAGCCUGACUGUUUGAUAAAAUUCCUCAAGGCAGUGCUGAGAGGACCCAACGGAUGGAUGGAUGCUCCGAGGGGUUGAGCAAACACCCUUGCCUGGACUGGUGCUUAGACAGCUGUUUAUCACAUGGAUCGACCUUGAUAAACUUCAAGCAGUCAGGAAGUUGCCCUCAUGCAGCAUCUGCCUCAAGGAUUAGUGCCUGUCCAGCUUAUGCCUCAAAGGUGUCCACCUGGAAGGUAUUGAUACCUAAAAUAAGAGACUCCUACUUGGCUUGAAAUGAUGGAUCCCUCACAGGCAGAUGCCUAAGUGAACACAACUCCCAUUCACCUUCCCUACACUCAGAACCAACGCUCCUCAGCUGGACCUUUCAAAAAAAACCAACACCCAGCCCUGCAACUUUCACCUUCCCAUUACAGCCGAUAACCUAGGCAUGGUCUCCCAAAAAUUAUCUAAACACUAAAUUUGUCCCUUUUUGCUUGCAACAAAACAAGAAUAAUCUUGUAGCUGGAAUGCUAUUAGGCUCAUUUUUUUCCAGAAGUAUUUUAGCAGCAAGAUCACUCACGGCAUUGGCUUGCACUGGAACUGCGGUUUUACAAAGGAGAUUCUGGGAAGAGCUGUGGUUUGGUUGGACAAAGCGAGAGACCCUCCUACCCUCAGUUGGUUUCUGGCCUUGUUGGACUCUGGUGCACACUUUUUUUUUGUCCUGUUCAUUUUUAAGAACAAAAAAAAUAAAUAUUGAGCCAGCUCUAUGAUCACACUAAGAUCUUGACCUCACAUGCACAAAUAACAUUCCUGGCCUUAUUUGAUAUUGGUGAUGCAGAGAUAUGCUGCUUCUGCUCAAGCAUCACUUUUGUCUUUUUUUGUUGGUUAUCAGAAACAAAUUUUUACGGAUGUGGUGCACAGCAUGAUAAAGGGGCUAUGGGAGCAACACAACAUUGCACUCUUUAAUUUGUUUUCGUAAAUUCAUAAGGAAAAUGAAACUUCUUAUGACCACUUGCUUUGUUUUAUUUGCUUUUAACUCUGUUGGUUUUUAAAUUGAUUCCGUUUUAAAAUCACAAAUAGGAGGUGAGUGUGUGUGCCACAUGUGCUGGUAAACAAACUGUUGGUUGGAAAGCGAGGGUGGGGAGGGGAGAUAAAAGUGCCUUUUCGGGGGAUGUCUGUUUAGUGCAAUAACAACCCUUUGUGAAUGUCAAGCUGGAUUCAAACAGAGGUGGGAUUUAUAGAUGGGAUUUACUGAGCCAAGUUUGAAAGUAAGUCCAAUAGCACUACACUCUCACUACCUGGUAUAAGCUUUUAGAAUAACUGUUAUCCUAAAUAUAUAUCCCCGUAAUAUCUAUAAAGAAAAAGAAAACAUUGUACGCUGUUGUACUGUACUGUAACCCUUCUCGGUUUACAUUGCUUUCUUGACCCAGAGUUGUAUCCUAAAAACUGUGACCUGGAAUGCAAGUAUUACGUACAUGUGUUUUCAAAAAACCCAACAUUGUGAAAGCCAUCUGCCAAUUAAGAAGAGUCUUUAUUUUUUUGGCACAUGAUGUCCUGUCUAUUUAUUUUUUAUUUAUACAUCUUUUUUUAUUUAUUGUUGUGUAAAUGUUAACGGUCUUGACACGAGGAAAUGUUCAAUUCCGAUCACCUUUUCUAUGUAAAAUGUUUGGGGGAAACGGGACAAAAAUAAAGUUUAUUGAAAAUGAA